UGCUCUGUGCCGGACCGGAAACGGAAGCAGAAUCUGUGUGCGGAUGAUGUUCAGUGAAAACAGCCGCAGUAUUCUUAGAGCGAGCGCAGCGGAUUAAAGCGAAUCAUAGAUAAAAUCUCAAUAUUCUGUUUCUAGUAACUUCGUUUACUUGCAGAGGUUGAAGCACAGUGAUGUCUGACAGUGAGGAUAGCGAUUUCUCAGACAACCAGAGUGAGAGAAGCAGUGAAGCUGAGGAGGUCGAGGCCGAGGAGAAUGAAGAGGAUGAAGGGCAGGGAAGUGUUGCAGGUAGUGACAAAGCUGAAGAGGAGGGGGAGGAUUUGGAAGAAGAUGAGGAGGAGUACGAUGAGGAGGAAGAAGAGGAUGACGACCGUCCUAGAAAGAAACCUCGUCACGGAGGCUUUAUCUUAGAUGAAGCUGACGUUGAUGAUGAGUAUGAAGAUGAAGAUCAGUGGGAGGAAGGCGCAGAGGAUAUUUUGGAGAAAGUUAACGAGGAAGCUGAAGUUUCAAAUCUCGAUCCUGUUGCUCUGGAUGAAGAUCAUUCUGGUUCCCGCAGGCUACAGAAUCUUUGGCGGGAUUCCAGAGAAGAAGCAUUGGGGGAGUAUUAUAUGAGGAAAUAUGCCAAGUCUUCAGGAGGAGAACAUUUUUACGGAGGCUCAGAGGAUCUUUCUGAUGAUAUCACUCAGCAACAGCUGCUUCCUGGUGUCAAGGAUCCAAAUUUAUGGACUGUCAAAUGUAAGAUCGGAGAAGAGAGGGCAACUGCCAUUGCACUGAUGAGAAAAUUCAUUGCCUACCAGUGCACUGACACACCACUUCAGAUUAAAUCAGUCGUGGCUCCUGAGCAUGUGAAAGGAUAUAUCUAUAUUGAGGCAUAUAAGCAGACCCAUGUCAAAGCUGCUAUAGAAGGAAUUGGAAAUCUGCGAAUGGGCUACUGGAACCAGCAAAUGGUGCCCAUUAAGGAGAUGACAGAUGUCCUGAAAGUGGUGAAAGAAGUGACUAAUCUUAAACCUAAAUCCUGGGUCCGUCUUAAAAGAGGCUUGUACAAAGACGAUAUCGCACAGGUUGACUAUGUGGAACCAAGCCAAAAUACAAUAUCGCUGAAAAUGAUUCCUCGAAUUGACCUAGAUCGAAUUAAAGCGAGGAUGAGCAUGAAAGAUUGGUUUGCAAAGAGAAAAAAGUUCAAGAGACCACCCCAAAGACUCUUUGAUGCUGAGAAAAUCAGGUCCCUUGGAGGAGAAGUUAGCCAUGAUGGUGAUUUUAUGAUAUUUGAAGGAAACCGUUAUAGUCGCAAAGGCUUCUUGUUUAAAAGCUUUGCCAUGUCUGCUGUGAUCACAGAUGGCAUAAAACCAACCCUUUCCGAACUGGAAAAGUUUGAGGAUCAGCCUGAAGGCAUUGAUCUGGAAGUGGUCACCGAAACCACAGGUAAAGAGCGGGAGCACAACCUUCAAGCUGGCGACAAUGUGGAGGUGUGUGAAGGUGAGCUGAUCAACCUUCAAGGGAAAAUUCUCAGCGUAGAUGGCAAUAAGAUAACAAUCAUGCCCAGACACGAGGACUUGAAGGACCCUCUAGAGUUUCCAGCUCAUGAGUUGAAGAAGUACUUUCGUAUGGGCGACCAUGUGAAGGUCAUUGCAGGCCGUUAUGAAGGCGAUACCGGUCUAAUUGUUCGCGUUGAGGAAAGCUUUGUUAUUCUCUUCUCUGAUCUCACGAUGCACGAGCUGAAGGUCUUGCCUCGGGACCUACAGCUAUGCUCGGAGACUGCAUCUGGAGUCGAUGCAGGAGGCCAGCAUGAGUGGGGAGAACUGGUACAGCUGGAUCCACAAACUGUGGGCGUCAUUGUCCGGCUGGAAAGAGAGACUUUCCAGGUGCUUAACAUGCACGGGAAGGUGCUAACGGUGCGGCAUCAGGCCGUGAAUAGACGGAAGGACAACCGAUUUGCUGUCGCCCUGGACUCUGAGCAGAACAACAUUCAUGUAAAAGACAUUGUGAAAGUCAUAGAUGGACCACAUUCGGGCCGAGAGGGAGAAAUUCGGCAUCUCUUCCGGGGGUUUGCCUUCCUUCAUUGUAAGAAACUUGUUGAAAAUGGAGGCAUGUUUGUCUGUAAGACACGCCAUCUAGUACUGGCUGGGGGUUCAAAGCCUAGAGAUGUGACCAAUUUCACUGUUGGGGGUUUUGCUCCCAUGAGUCCGCGAAUUAGCAGUCCAAUCCACCCAGGAGGAGGAGGGGGUCAAAUGCAGAGGGGAGGUGGUGGUGGCGGUGGAAUGGGACGUGGCCGUGGAAGACGAGACAACGACCUGAUUGGGCAAACAGUCCGUAUAUCCCAAGGGCCAUACAAAGGUUACAUCGGAGUGGUCAAAGAUGCCACUGAAUCAACAGCGAGAGUAGAGCUCCACUCAACCUGUCAGACUAUUUCUGUAGACCGCCAACGUCUGACCAGUGUUGGUGCUAAGAGACAUGGAGGAAUGACCUCCAUUCAUGGUAGGACUCCAAUGUAUGGCUCUCAGACACCCAUGUACGGUUCAGGCUCUCGUACUCCGAUGUAUGGCAGCCAGACCCCGAUCCACGACGGAAGCCGAACACCUCAUUAUGGCUCCCAGACGCCGCUGCAUGAUGGAAGCCGGACACCUGGGCAGAGUGGAGCCUGGGACCCGAACAAUCCCAACACCCCUUCAAGGACGGAUGAGGAUUAUGAGUUCAGCUAUGAUGAUGAGCCCUCCCCAUCUCCCCAGGGCUAUGGCGGUACGCCUAAUCCUCAGACACCUGGCUAUCCAGAAGUACCCUCUCCACAAGUUAAUCCCCAAUACAAUCCCCAGACCCCUGGAACUCCAGCAAUGUACAACACAGACCAGUACUCUCCAUAUGCAGCACCAUCUCCACAGGGCUCUUACCAGCCUAGCCCCAGCCCACAGAGUUAUCACCAGGUGGCCCCAAGUCCAGUGGGCUACCAAAAUACCCACUCACCAGCCAGCUACCACCCCACACCUUCACCAAUGGCAUACCAGGCAAGUCCAAGCCCAAGUCCUGUAGGCUAUAGCCCCAUGACUCCUGGAGCUCCAUCCCCAGGCGGCUACAACCCGCACACACCUGGCUCAAACAUCGACCAGACCUCCAGUGACUGGGUUACUACGGACAUCCUGGUGCGUGUCAAAGACACUUUUCUGGAUGGAGGAGUUAUCAACCAGACUGGUGUCAUCCGCAGUGUGACUGGUGGCAUGUGCUCAGUCUUUCUGCAGGACACGGAGAAGGUGGUUAGCAUUUCCAGUGAACAUCUAGAGCCUGUCACUCCAACCAAAAACAACAAGGUGAAAGUGAUUUUGGGAGAAGACAGAGAGGCCACCGGAGUCCUGCUCAGUAUUGACGGAGAAGACGGCAUCGUCCGAAUGGAACUGGACGAGCAGCUCAAAAUUCUCAAUCUCCGCUUCCUUGGAAAACUGGAAGUGUGAAAAUAUGAACUAUAUAAAGCUGCAUUAUGGCCAUUAAGAGCUUUCUUUUAUUUGUUGUUUUGUGCCUCAUAAUAGGGUAAAAGCAAAAAGUAAUUGAAAUCAUGCUUUUUUUUUUUUUUUUUUGUUUUUUUUAAUGUUUUAGUGGUUAUAGGUCAUCACUGAUGUUUUGCUUUCUGGUAAAUGAAUUAAAAUGUCAAAUAAAAAAAAAAGGCUGUGCAA